UCAACUAUAGUUCAUUGAUUCAGUCCCUCCCGAGUCCCUACACCCUCAGCUGAUUAAUACCUUCUUCCAUACUUUAUUUCCAACUUCCCAGUAGACAAUUCUUCUUUACCAUGAAUCUGGACAAUGUUAGUGGGAAUUACCAGAAGAUGGAGAAGCAGCAGAAGGUGGUGAAGAAGGAAGUGGGGGAGUCUGAUGAGGAAUUGGAGGGUGUUGAGGAGGAGAAGAGGAAGAAAGGGGUGAUGGAUGGUGGUGGUGGGCUUGGAAAGAAAGGUGGUAACGGGCUGAGGUGUUGUCAGGCUGAGAAGUGCACGGCGGAUCUGAGUGAUGCUAAGCAGUACCACAGGAGGCACAAGGUGUGUGAGUUUCAUGCUAAGGCUAAGGUUGUGCUUGUGGGUGGGAUUAGACAAAGAUUUUGUCAGCAAUGCAGCAGAUUUCAUGAACUAUCAGAAUUUGAUGAAACCAAGAGGAGUUGCCGCAGGCGUUUGGCUGGACAUAAUGAACGGAGAAGGAAGAACUCUGCUGAGUCUCAUGCAGAAGGCUCAAGCCGCAAAGGAACAGGUACUCAGUUGAAGGACAUUGUUUGUGGACAGGUUGAUGACAGGGGAAGAAUUCAGAUAUCCAUUCAUGAGAACUCAACUUACAAGCAUUUCCAGAUUAGAUAAGAUCCGAUUGCCUGCCCUCAAGCAUGCUCUCUCUCUUCUGUCAUAGGGUGUAAUGGCAAUUUAGAGUUGUUCUUUAAUCUGUAUUAUGUAUUUUGUCAAGAUAUUUAUUCUGUUCCAAGUACAAAUGCCAGAGGCUUGGGGACUUCCAUUCGUGCUGCUAGAGUUAGUGCUAGUUUUGGUUGGAGGUAUAUAGAGUCUAGACUUAAUAUGUGGUGGCUAAGCACUUAACUUUAUAUUUGUUGCAACUUGCAAGAGUAGGAGAAUGAUUUGCAUGUACUUCCUUGGCCCUUCGGUACUGGGGCUUAAUUUUAUCUGUUAACUCCUUGA